AUGCCUGCGAGGAGAGUCUGCCACUCACAGGUGCAACGCAGGCAGGUGACGGUGCUUCAGCUCCCUCUUGCUUUCCCCAUUGUACCCCACCAGCACGGCGGUACUCUGCAGAGCUACUGCCUUGGCUUGCUUUCCUUUUCGUCUCUUCUUCAUUCUUCUGAACGCUCCAUCGAUUUCCUGUCGCCCAUAAUGCAGGCUCAGAUGAUGCUCGGGCAGGCACUCGAGCACUACACAAUGAUGGACUUUGCCAACCUCGUUCUCGAGCAAUGCUGGGACAUUUGCUACGACAGCCAGCUCACUCGCCGCGAACUCGCCGGCAGCGAGCUGCCUGAUGUCAAGGUGCAGAAGAUGGAUGCCUGCGCGCGCAAGUGCGUCGCACGGCACUUUGAAGUCCUGUCGCUGCUGUCGGCGACGCGCGAGCUGCGGGAAAGAGAGCGGAUGCAGGGGCUUCCACCUGGUACGCUGACGAACAUGUAG